AUGGGCGCCGUAGAAGUCCCCAUGAUCGUCGCCGAUAUUGAUCGCGCGACUAAGGCGUUUGGUAACAUUACCACCUAUAAACCGUUCCUCGAUCCCAACAGGAAUUCACUUCCCUUGUAUAUGGACCCUGAGAACGCAUUUUGUCCAUCUAUCCUAUCCCACAAUGCUUCAACGCACAACGUGCUCCUCAAAGUAACAGUUCCGAGACGGACAGGGAGGAAGAGGAAGCGCGGGACUGGCGAGCCAUGGGAAGGAGAGGUGUCGGCAAGCGGCACCGCCGCGCCCCAAGCAAGCGGUUUGCGUGACCAGGUCGCUUCCCAGAAACGGGCAGACCAUCCUAAAACGGUCCUUCGAAAGCUUCAAGACAACCCCGAGAGCUACCAAGUUGAGACGGUGGGAGUGAUUAAGCAUACACAUCGAUACAGAGGUCUUAUGGAUUUCCAAGUUGAUCUCGGCAGGUCCGAAUUCGCCUCUAACUUUGUCGACAAGAUUCUUUCUAGAGAUGUUCAAGAUUGGCAGAGACAUUGA